AUGACACCCAGCAAGAAGAAACAGAAAUGCGAAAUUUUCCAGCUUGGCAGCUGGAAUGUCAGAACCAUGUGUCCUGGCAUGAAUGAACAUAUACUGAUGACAGAAAACAUACGUAAUUCAGCACUAAUUGACCGUGAGUUAGAUAAACGUCAUAUUGAUAUUGCUGCACUACAGGAAACAAGACUAGCAGGCACAGGUUCAAUACGUGAAGUAAAUUAUACAUUCUACUGGCACGGCAAGAGUUCUGAAGAUCGCCGUGAAUAUGGUGUAGGCUUUGCAGUAAGCAACAGACUAAUACAGAAGAUUGAAUCGCCAGUAGUAACCUCUGAACGCAUUAUCUCACUACGUCUAUCAUCAAAAGGAGGAUUUGUCAACAUUAUUAAUGUUUAUGCACCAACUCUGUAUGCAAAUGAGCAAGAUAAAGAUACUUUCUAUGACUGUCUAAAUGAGAUUUUGGCACGAGUACCACACGGAGAGAAGCUCUUUAUUGUUGGCGACUUAAAUGCACGUGUCGGAUCAGACAGAGUUUCAUGGCCAAUGUGCCUUGGUUACCAUGGUGUGGGCAGGAUAAAUGAAAAUGGGCCACGUUUACUUGAACUUUGUGCACAAAGAGAGCUAUGCAUCACAAACACCUAUUUUCAAGGAAAACACCGACACAAGGUUUCUUGGCGUCAUCUGAGGUCUGGUCAUUGGCACCAACUUGACCUUAUUAUCACCAGAAGACGUGAUCUACCAAGCGUUCUCCAUACUCGUACCUACCACAGUGCAGACUGUGACACAGAUCACUCUCUUGUCAUCAGCAAAACGGCAUCUGAUAAAGGGGACCUUCGCAUGAUGUAUGAAGGUAUCAAGAAGGCCAUUGGACCCACUAUCAUAAAAACCGCCCCUUUGAAAUCACUGAAUGGUGAAGUACUGACCGACAAGAAUAAACAGAUGUCUCGUUGGGUGGAACACUAUCUUGAGUUGUACUCCACUGAAACUGAUAUCUCACAAGUUGCACUUGAUACCCUACCUCAACUACCUGUUAUGGGUGAGCUGGAUCAUGAACCUUCAGUACUUGAGCUGAGUCAAGCUAUCGAUUCUUUAGCAAAUGGAAAGGCACCUGGUAAGGAUGGAAUUCCAGCUGAAAUACUUAAAUGUAGAAAAGUAAGAAUAUUACCCCAUCUCUAUGAUCUCCUCCUCCUUUGUUGGCGGACAGAAACCAUCCCACAUGAUAUGCGGGAUGCGAACAUCAUCACUCUGUACAAAAAUAAAGGAGACCGCGGGGAUUGUAACAACUACCGCGGCAUAUCCCUCCUCAGUGUUACAGAAAAAACCAUAGCUAAAGUUAUCCUUAAGAGACUUGCACAUCUUGCUGAUCGCAUCUAUCCAGAGGCACAGUGUGGUUUCCGACCAUCAAGAUCUACAGUGGACAUGAUCUUUUCCCUCCGUCAACUGCAAGAAAAAUGCAGGGAACAGCAGAUGCCGCUAUUCAUUGCAUUUGUCGACCUAACAAAGGCGUUUGAUACAAUUAGUAGAGCAGGUCUGUACAAGAUCUUAGAGAAGAUUGGAUGUCCACCGAAGCUCCUCAAUCUCAUACACUCAUUUCAUAAACACAUGCAUGGUACUGUACAGUUUGAUGACUCCACAUCUAAUAGCUUUGAGUUAAAGAGUGCAUGCUCCUAA